UAUUCUCGACUCGUGCGUCGAGCCUGACGUCAUGAUAAAGAUGCUUCAUUGCUGCGCGUAAACCACAUCACUUUUGAGUUAAUUGGUGGCUGUCCUUACCCUAAUCCAAGCAAUGUGAGAAAACAAUUGCCCUGAUAUUAAUUGGCCAAGGACUCGCAAGGAGCGAUGCGCGGUAACGCAUGACCUUGCGUUAUGCAUUGCCAUCAAAUAAUCCGUACAGCAGCCUAAGUCUUAAAGUCUUGUGGCAGCCAUUGUGAUGUUGUCAAUAAUCGAUAAGGUGUUUAAAUGAUCUCUUCGCCCUCUCUCACCGUCUCCUCCCCUCUGAUGCGCUGCGCAUCAUCUGGCUCUGCGCGCACUCACUUCAGCGCUCGCAUUUCUCACGAGCGCGUCUCCUGUCCUUAUCGCGCCGUCUCGGACGCUACAAUUAACUCAUCUCAUGCCCACCACCGGUUAUUCUUUCUAAAUCCAGACAAAGGCGGAGGAACAGUUACACUUAACCAAAAGAUCGCCUGCGCGUUCCGAUCCAUUUCUGCGUGGACGCUCCAGACGCGAGCGCGCGUAUUUUGCGCUGUCUCCACGCAUUCAGGAGUCUUAAUUCUGGCGGCGAGGACCCGGUGAUGAGACGGCUGUGGUGGGGGUUCGGCAUGGCGGGCUGGGGGUUCGGUUGGAUUCUGGUGCUGCUCGCGCUCUGGAGGCCCGGUGCCGCUUGCCCCGUGCUCUGCACGUGCAGUGGGGUUCGGAUCUCCUGCGUGGACUCGGAGCGCAGUAUCAUGGCUUUUCCCAUGCUUCAGUCCGAGGCAGAGAUGGAGAACAUCACAGACAUAUACAUUGCAAAUCAAAGCAGUUUCACUUCCAUUAAUGAAAAGGAUCUCAACUUAUAUCACAACCUAAGAAACUUAACGGUAACAAACACAAGGCUCACGUAUAUUUCCCGGCAGGCCUUUCAGAACAACCUGAAACUACAAUAUCUAAAUCUCAAAGAAAACAAUCUGUCAAAUCUGUCGUGGAGGACAUUUCGUCAUUUAAACAUCUCAUACCUGUUGCUGGCAGGUAAUCCUUUGCAGUGCUCGUGUGAUAACGUGUGGCUGAAACAUUGGAAAGGAGAAGAGGCCGAGGAGCUGCUGUGUGUGGAGGAGGGAGGGAAGAGGAGAUCUUUUUCCACGCUAACACUGCCUAACUGUGCUCUCCCCUCUGUGACUCUCAAUCCGUCUAAAGUGACCAUGCUCGAAGGGUUAAAUGUGACGCUGAGAUGCAACACGUCAGGAAUGCCCGUGCCUAGUUUGACCUGGAACACCUGCAAGCUAAAUUCACGAUUUGAGCUCGAACGAUCGGGUCAGAUGUCUGAUCUCAAGCUCAUGGACGUCUCUUUCCUGGACAAUGGAUGCAAAAUAGGCUGCACAUCUGAUAACAUGGUGGGCGAAUCUGAGGCCUAUGUGAAUCUGGACAUACUGUUUCCACCUAGGAUCAGCAAGCUGAUGGAUGCAAUCUCAGACCACCACUGGUGCAUUCCCUUCAGCGUGUCGGGCAAUCCAGAGCCGAAACUCAGCUGGUUGUUAAAUGAUAAACCGGUGGAGGAGGGAAUCUUCAUUCGAACCAUGAUCCACGACUUUUCAGAUGGUGAAUACCACGGUUGCUUACAACUGGACAGCCCGACGCACAUCAACAAUGGAAACUACACACUGUUGGCCCGUAACAAAUAUGGAAAAGACAGCAGGAAAAUAAGAGCUCAUUUCAUGCUUGAGCCGUGGAAUGAAUCCGUUACUGAUCCGUUGUAUUAUGAUCCCACUACAGACGACACUCCUAUUGGACCACCUGAGAACAAAGUUGCUGUGUACGUGGUCGUGGGAAUCGCCGCAGUCACAUUCACAGGCUUCAUCCUGAUGCUUGUCGUUCUGAAGUUUGGACGCAACUCAAAAUUCGGAAUCAAAGGUGCAUCCUCAGUCAUUAGUAAUGAUGAUGACUCUGCCAGCCCUCUUCAUCAUGUGUCCAACGGAUCCAACACGCCCUCAUCCUCUGACAUGAACGCAGACGCCGUCAUCAUCGGGAUGACCAAGAUUCCCGUCAUCGAGAACCCCCAGUACUUCCGCAGCACCAACAGUCUGCUCAAAUCUGACACCUUUGUUCAACACAUUAAGAGACACAACAUCGUGCUGAAGAGGGAACUUGGAGAAGGAGCGUUUGGGAAAGUCUUCCUGGCUGAAUGCUACAAUCUGUCGACAGAACAGGACAAAAUUUUAGUGGCCGUGAAGACUUUAAAAGAGGCCAGUGAGAAUGCCAGGAAGGACUUUCAUCGCGAGGCCGAGCUGUUGACUAAUCUUCAGCACGAACACAUUGUCACUUUCUAUGGUGUGUGUGUGGAGAGCGACCCUCUUAUUAUGGUAUUUGAGUAUAUGAAACACGGCGAUCUCAACAAGUUCCUCAGGGCUCAUGGUCCUGAUGCUGUUUUGAUGGCUGAUGGAGAGAUCCAGCAGCAGGCAGAGCUCACUCAGUCCCAGAUGCUUCAUAUUGCACAGCAGAUCGCUGCAGGCAUGGUGUAUCUGGCCUCCCAACACUUUGUUCACAGAGACUUGGCCACGCGAAACUGCCUUGUCGGAGAAAACCUCCUGGUGAAGAUUGGAGACUUUGGAAUGUCCCGAGAUGUUUACAGCACAGAUUACUAUCGGGUUGGGGGUCACACCAUGCUGCCAAUUCGUUGGAUGCCACCGGAGAGUAUCAUGUACAGGAAGUUUACCACAGAGAGUGAUGUCUGGAGUCUGGGAGUGGUGUUGUGGGAGAUCUUUACCUAUGGGAAACAGCCCUGGUACCAGCUUUCAAAUAAUGAGGUGAUCGAAUGUAUCACCCAAGGGCGUGUACUGCAGCGUCCCCGGACCUGUCCUAAGGAGGUGUACGACUUGAUGCUAGGAUGCUGGCAGAGAGAGCCACACACCCGACUCAACAUCAAAGAGAUUCACAACCUUCUCCUAAACCUGGCGAAGGCUUCACCGGUGUACCUGGACAUCCUAGGAUGAAAGAGCAUGUGUGACUGCACAUGGAUACCUUGCCCUCUUCUUCUACCCAUCCCAUCAUUCCUCUCUCCUCCCGCUUUAAAACCUCCUUCGUUUUUCUCUUUUUGAUGUAAAUGUCUCGAUCGAUCAGCCAGAGGAUCUUGUCCGUUUACAUUAUGACUAAAAAUCACAUAUUCUGACGGAAUAGAAAAGACGUGCACUCACCGCGGCUUUUAAAAUUACAAACGGUUGACCUUUCUCAACUUCAGGACCAAGUGAACUCACUGCAUACUUGUUCAUUUUAUUCAUCACAACUGCAGAAGGACUUUUGCUGCUGGGUUCAUUGUUUCAGGACUUCAGGGAGAAAAUGAGAGAAGAAACAAACAGCUUUUUUCUGCCCGCUGGACUUCUGUCAGCACACAGCUACUGUACUUCAUGUAUCAUUAUGUAACAUCAUAUUUCAUGUAGUUAGGGAUGCACCGAUAUGAUUUUUUGGGGGGUGGGUGGCAUACCGAUUUAAACAGACAACUAUUGGCUGAUACCGAUAUUAAACACUUGUGUACAGUGCAAUACUAUACAGUUGGCAUAUUAGCUAGUUUAUUUCUGCAUCAAAUUAUUUUUUACUGAACAUGGAUUGGAUCUAUAUCACAUUCAACUGACCAACAUAAUAAGAGAGGCACAAAGUAAGAUCAAAUUUUGGCGAUUUUUGGUCUUUUUCUGAGAUUUUGGAAAAACCCAGAUCCCAGACAUUUUCCCAAAAUACUCUUACUCUAACCGAAUGGCUCACGUGAAUGAGUAAUCUCUAAUGUGAUUUACAAUUUUUCCCCCUCGCACGUCUGACAAACUAUAAUUUGUACAGAUUUGAUUUUGUUUUGGGAAGUAUUUAAUCAUUUAAAUAAUUAUUUUUAAAAUGCUGGAUUAUGCGACAGACAUGCAACUUAUUGCCUUCACGCAGUUAAUUCAUAAACAAUCGGUAUCAGGCUUUCUCGUGCUAUUGACGAUGGUUUCAAAUUCAUCAAAAAUCGUCCGAUACAUAUCGGCGGCCGAUACAUCGGUGCAUCACUACAUGUAGUAGCAAAGGUUUGGACUUAAACUCAUUCUUGUUUUUUUUCUUCACAUUUUAGACAUCAAAGCUAUCAAAAAACACAAAUAGGAUUAUGAUAAUGAUCUUAGUAAUGUUAAGUCUUCUAAAAAAGUAUUCUAAAUGACCUUAUAUAUUCUGCACAGGUGCAUCCUGGGAUUUUUUUUCUGGGAAUACCCAUUCUGGAUACUUAGCUUUCACUUAACAACACCUUAAUUCUCGUAUUGCUUGUAAAAUAUAUGUUGACAUAAUUUAUAUUUCUUUGCAAACUUAUGUUAUACUGUAUAUUUAAGCAUAUGUUUUUGGAUCAAACUUUUUUAAGAACACUGUAAAAAUUCCUUGUUGCACUUUAAUUUUUAAGUUAAAUGAAUUUUAAAUUACAAUUAAUUUCAGCUUUCUUGAAUUAUGGAGUUGCUAUAAAUAUAAAAAAUAAGUUGAAAUAACUUAAGCUAAUUCAACUUUAUUUGUAUAAUUUAUAACAACUUCUCACUAGUCAAGAAAGUUAAAAAAGGAAUUGUAAAUUCAAGUGAAUUAAACUUAAAAGAAAAUAAGUGCAACAGUGUAGCUCCCUAACACUGUUAAAAAGAUUUGUUUGUUCAACUUAAAAAAGUCGUUUUUUAAUUUUUAAUUUUUUUAUUUUUAGUUAAUUCAACUUAAAAAUAUUAGUUAACUCAAAAACGUUGCUGUGUCAACUAAUAUUUUUAAGUUGAAUUCACUAAAAAUUUUAAGGCAAUCAUGUUACUUACUUGAACCAACUUUUUACAGUGAAAUUUUAAGUUUAAUCUCAUUGGCUGUGCAAGUCAUUUUAACUAAUUAGAUUAAUUUAAAGUUGUUUAAAUAAACUGCUAUAGCUAAGUUAAAAUUGCUCUGAUAAGUUAGACUACACUGUAAAAAAUUAUUUACUGCCUUAAAUAAUUUUUUUAAUCAACUCAGAUUAAUUUUAACUUUCUAUUAUUUAUGUUGACUAGAGAUGAGUUGUUAUAACUUAUUUUAUAAGUUGUAGCAACUCAUCUCUACACUGUAAAAAAUACUUUGCUGCCUUGUAAAUCUGAGUUGAUUCAACAAAAAUGUUUAAGUCAUUUCAACUUACUAUUAUUUAUUGUAUAAGGUAAUUAUUGCUUGUUGUUAUAACUACAGGUGAGUUGUUAUAACUUAUAAAAUUAAGUUGACUUUUCUCACCUAUAUUUUAUAAGUUAUAUCAUCUUGAUUUGACAAAAAAUGUUAAGGCAGCAAAGUAUUUUUUACAGUGUAGUCAAGAUAAAUAAAGUUGAAAUGACUUGUAAAUCUGAAAAUUUAAGGCAGCAAAGAAUUGUUUACAGUGUAGUCGAAAUUUAAAAUAAAAAAUACACAGUCGAUUUGAUUAAACUUAAAAUUUAGGACAGCUAAGAAUGUUAAACACUAAAGUAAAAAGUGCUUCACAAGGCCGUACAAGAACCAUUUCUGGCUAAAUGCUUUCAUAAAGAACCUUUAGCAUAAGAAAGGUUUCUUCUGAUUAUAAAAAUGUAUGUACCUAAUGUUUUUUUCUGAGAACCUUUGACUAAAAGGUUCUUUGAGGAACCGAAAAUGGUUCUUCUAUGGCAUUGCUGUGAAAAACCAUUCAAGCACCUUUAUUUUUAAGUGUAAAUGUGUCCAAACCUUUGUCUGUCAGUGUCCAUCUAUAUGUAAAAAGUAAUGAUGAUAACCAGUGACAACCUGCGAUGUAUUUCUAUUAUAUUCGUAGCUGGACAAGAUUGGUUGAAACCUUCUGACAGGAUGUUUUUACUCUCAAGCAAAUUAGAAAUGGCAGUGUGACCCGCUAACAUGUAUUCAGGUCUGUACUGAACACUACAUGCACCAAUAUAGAGGACUACAUGGAGUCAUUUGAGACAAGGCCAUACCUCAGUACUGUCAGUGUGCAUUUACUACAGGACCUUAAUUAGGCAGAGUGCCCGAUUCGAGUGAGGGCUAAAUUAAAACCUCUUUCUGUCUUUCUCAUUCACCAUGGUUUACUGCUGAAGCUCCUAAUGUAGUACUCAAGCUUCGGGUCACACAACUGCUGAGGUGUAAUAUAUAUUUCAUAACAGGACAAAUGUCUACUAUUAGCA